GAACUGUGUAUAGAGUUGGACCAACGAAUAAGUUGAAUAUUGUCAAUGUUAUAAAAGAAGUAGUCACUGAAAUUUGCAGACGGAAGAAUGGCUACUCAAAAAGUCAUACCUACUAUACCAGAAUCAGUGAAAGAACACAUCCGAGAUAAUUUAUAUCAAUUUGUCAGUGACCUUGCAAAUUUUGCAAGUGAAGCUGAACGUGAUGAAGCCCAAAGACAAUACGUAAUGUUGUUAAAUGCCGAAAGCAACCUGAAGGGCAUAUUAAAGGAUCAGUUUAAAAGAUUACCAAACACUCCUGAUGACAAAUUAUUUAACAUGGAGAUAUUUAAAAAGACUGCUGAUGAUACUAUUCUAUCAAGAGCAAUACUAAAUCAGUUAAACAAGAAUCCAGUUGCUUUAAAAGCAAGCUGGGACUAUUAUGUAUUAACACAAUCAGAAAGAACAUUACAGGCUUUACAAGGAAAGGCAUCAGGUCCAGGACGUCCUAAAUUUGGAGCUGAAAGUGCAGCAAUGAACAAGACUGUGCUACAAGUAAAUCAAGAGAAAGGAAAAGUAGAAAAAAUGGAUACAUCUGGACCACAGUCAGGAGGUGCUCCUGUCACACAAUCACAAACACCAAAAGAAAAUGUUGAAAGAAUUUCCGAGCACAUUUGGCGAGCACACCAUCACAUGCAUCGUUUUGCUGACAUUGGAUUUCCUCAUCCAGAUGGUGAGGCUUCAGACGAGGAGAAAGAAGGAGACGAUUCCCAGCAAGAUAUUCUUGCCUUACUUUGGACACACCACGAAUGUUUUGACCCGAAGUCAUUAUCACGUGCACAGGCAGAGUACAACUUUUAUCGUCUGCUGGCAAAACAAUGGCGCCGAACUUUGAGAAGAGUAAAAAUGGAUGACAUAAAAUGUCCACCUUUCUCCAUGAAGGAUUUUAGGGGUAUACCAAGAAAUCGACCUUUAUAUGCUGCAAUAUGCACAAUACUAGACAAUUCAAAAGACGACAAUGUAAAAAAAGCUGCUGCUAAAGCUGCAGAAGAAUAUCAUAAACUCACUGUAUUGGAGCAGCAUAUGGUUUCACAAAAAAUGAUGGCAACCAUUCCACAGGGUAUAGACAUAGAACAAGGGCAAUAUAGAGAAAUUGUCAGUGAGAUGAAAUCUAGAUUUUUGAAAGCAGCGAGUAAACCACUUAGACCAAUAGACAAAUUCAAAAUGCUUCCAUUGUUUGAAUAUCUAAAGCUUAAAGAAACCAUCACAAGCCAGAGAAAUCAGAUUGAAGAUCUAGCUAGCAGGUUGAGUGGUAUUGCCAGUCAGCAGUUGGCUGAUGGAGACCCCGGGUUUACAGACCUUGGAGACAAGAAUAGACCACAGAAACUUGGAGAGAGAUUUGCGGAGUUGUUUGACGAGACUUGGUCCAGUGCCUAUGAAUCUUUGAAGCCUAAAGAUAUUGAUGAUGACGAGAGUGAUGAAGGAACAAUGGACACUUUACAACAAAUUGUUAAGGUUAUUUAUGACUUCUGUCAAGAAAUAUCACAGGACCAGAUACAGAGACUAAUUAAAGAAAUGAUACCUCCAGUUGUAGAUCCCACUUGUGAUAAUCCAAAGUCGGAGGGAUAUCCAGCAAGUGAGCAAAUGAGAGCUAAGACAGAGCAGAUGGCCAGAGAAUACAGAAAGCUUGUAGCCCCAGCUACUGUCAAAGUGAUGCAAACGGAAAUUUUUGAAAACCACAUUAAGGAAAAACUUUUAAAAGGAGACAAAAUAAGUAAAGAACUGAUAUCCUAUGUAGAACAAUGUGUAGACCUUAUCUGGUACAUGUGUAUUCAGCAACCUCCUAUGGAAAUAAGAUGGGCUGUUAAAGGUGAAAAGUUCAACAAAGAACAAUUCAGGUUUUCAGGAAGGAAAGGAAAGAAAUACAGAAUGACUGUUUGGCCUGCUGUAUUUUUACACAAAGAGGGACCACUUGUGGCACCAGGCUAUGCUGUACCUGAUAAAUAAAAAAAAUAUGAACACAUUUUUAAACAUGUAGAAUGAAAUUGUUUUUAUUCGUAGACUCAUAUUUAAUUAUAUAGAAUGUAAUGUCAUUGGUGGCCACAUUUCCAUAAAAAAAAUCCUGUUGCAGGUUCUUGAACUUUAUCUAAUAAAAAAAUUGGUUUUUUUUC